AUGGAUGGUGCGGUGAUUAUUAACCCAGGCUGCGACCAAUCCGCUAUUAAUAUUAGCCACCCCAGUUUCAGUGGCACAGAUGUCUUUGGCUACACCUCAUUCCUUGCCUUUUCUACAAUCCCAAAUAUCAGCUUCUACUAUGAAUUCCGCCUGAAAUUUCAACUGGCAAACCACAGCUCAGCAGUACAAGAUAAUCUGAUAUUUUUCACUGGACAGAAAGGCCAGGGUCUCAGUGGAGAUGAUUUCCUGGUGCUAGGCCUGCGUAAUGGCAGUGUGGUAUACAGCUACAAUCUGGGCUCUGGCACGGCCACUCUCAUUAGUCAGCCACUUGAUCUGACACUCAGUAUUCAUGUGAUCCAUCUUGGCAGAUCUCUCCGAGCAGGCUGGCUGAAGGUGGAUGAUCAUAAGAAUAAAUCCAUCACAUCCCCAGGAAGGUUGGUUGGGCUCAAUGUCUUCAGUCAAUUUUAUGUAGGCGGCUACAUUGAAUACACUCCUGAACUCUUACCAAAUGGAUCCAAAUUUGAGAAUGGCUUUCAAGGAUGUAUUUUUGACAUAGAAGUUCGCACUGGAAAGGAUCACCGAUUUAAAUCACCAGGGACUCCGGCAGGCCAUCCCAAUGCAGGUCGCAGUGUAGGACAAUGUGAAGAUUCCCCAUGCAGUUUAAUAAAAUGCAGAAAUGGUGGAAUGUGCAUGGAAAGUGGCUCUACUGUUUACUGUGACUGCCCCACUGGAUGGAAAGGAGCAUUUUGCACAGAGACAGUUUCAGUUUGCGAUCCUGAGCACAACCCACCACAUCUGUGUAGAAAAGGUGCUACCUGUGUGCCACUGCCUGAUGGAUACACAUGCCACUGCCCUCUAGGAACUACUGGCACCUUCUGUGAACAAGCCUUAUCCAUAAGCGAUGCAUCUUUCAGAAGUAAUGAAUCAUCGUGGAUGUCAUUUGCUUCCUUUCAUAUCCGACACAAGACUCACAUCCAACUACAAUUUCAACCUCUUUCUGCAGACGGUAUCCUUUUUUAUACUGCCCAGCACCUUAGCCCUCGAUCAGGUGACUUUCUAUGUAUAUCCUUAGUAAGUGGAUUUGUACAACUACGCUACAGCCUUGGCGACAAGAUAGUCAUCUUACAAUCUCUUCAAAACGUAUGUACAAAUGGAAGUACAUGGCAUUUCCUUAAAGCAGGAAGAAUAGGUAAUGAAGGUUACCUGGAUCUGGAUGGCAUCAACAUUACCCAGAAAGCCAGUGCUGGAAUGACUGCCCUCGACAUAAACACAGAUUUCUAUGUCGGAGGAGUGUCAUCCUUAAAUCUUGUCAAUUCAAUGGCAAUAGAGAAUGAACCCAUAGGUUUCAGUGGGUGUAUACGAGAAAUUAUUAUAAACCACAGAGAACUAAAACUCACUGAGGCAGACCCUAAAGAUGGUUCCAAUGUAGGUGACUGUGACGGAACUGUUUGCGGGUACACAGUGUGCAAAAAUAAUGGUAAAUGUCAAGUUCAAAACUCAGGCUUUUCUUGCUUUUGUCCUCAACCCUGGACAGGGAACACGUGUGAACAAUUUGUUUACUGUUCACAUAAUGGUUGUCUGCACCAGGCUCUUUGUAUUCCUGAUCCCAUUUUAUUUUCAUACAGUUGUGCAUGUACACUAGGAUGGUCGGGUAGAUACUGUGACAAUGAAAUCUCAUUUUCUACUGCAAAAUUUGCAGGUAAUUCAUACAUCAAAUACAUGGAUCCUCAUUAUGGAAAGAGAGACCUCAGAUUUACCAGUGUAUCUCUAAAUUUUACUACCAGUCAGAGUGAAGGCUUAAUUUUAUGGAUGGGAAAAGCUGAAAAUGAAGACAAUGAUUUCCUUGCAGUUGGUCUUACUAAUGGGACCUUAAAAGUUGUGGUUAAUCUUGGAGAAAAAAUCUCUGUCCCUUUAAUUCACAGUAAACAUUCCCUUUGUUGCAAGAGAUGGCAUUUUGUCACCAUAGCUCAAAACCAGACUUCUAUUAAAGUGUACCUUGAUGAAUAUCUGGUUCUCUUUGAAGAUAUUGAUCCACAAAGAAAAUACAUUGCUCUAAACUAUGGAGGCAUUUGCUAUUUUGGUGGGUUUGAACUGGGCAGAAAAGUAAACACAGUCACUUCAGGGCUUUUUAGUCGGCAGCUAGUUGGUAAAAUUAAAGAUGUUGUACUCUUUCAAGAUUCUAAAACAAUCCAAUUAAUUAAGGCAGAAGGCUACAAUGUUUAUGAUGGAGAUAGGGAUUAACUGAAAAAAAUUAGGGUUAAAAAACCCCACAUGAACAGAUGAGUAGGUUUAUACUCCACCCUGUCUAUUGGCUAGUAAUAUUAGAAUGAGACUCCUUUUUAGUAACAUGCUUAGUAGUAUUACGCACACGCUGUAACUACUUGCUUGCUACUAUAAACUACCAAACUUUUUAUAUAGUUGGGUGAAUAGCACAGAUGAAAAAUGAUCAAAUUUACUUAUGAUAACUAAUCUCAUUUCUAGAUACUGUUUUGAAAACAGGAAACUUUGAUUUUAUAGAUUUAUUUUGCCUGAGACAGUUUUGUACUCUGAAAGUGACAGUUUACAAGAAUAAAUGCCCUGAGAAAUGUUUAAAUUAAUGGCCUCCUUUCCAGCUUCUUUAGCCUAGCAUUCUUAAGUACACUGUAUUAGUAAAGAAAUAGAAAGGCAGACAUUAGAAACCAGUCUCAGGGAGGGUGAUGGAGUACAGGUUGCCUAGUUUUACCUGGAAUUCCUGGAAACCAACUGGCAAUAGUAUACAGAAAAUUAACUACAUUUGCCUGAGUUUUAUUUACACACACACAAAUCUGUCUACUACUAUCAUCCAGAAUCCAGUACUUUUCCCAUUUAUUUUAAUACCAAAAAGUUUAUCCAAGUCUUACUUUCUCUUACAAAUUGCCCGUAAAGCAUGAAAAAGUCAGCAUUUGUGGAAUAACUUCAUGUACAUACAGUGUUUCAUAGGAAAACACUGGAGUUUUCCUUCAGCGUAGGUUGAGAUUUUCCAAGAUGUCUAGGGGAUAUAGCCACAGAUCUCCCACUGAAGUUCAAUCCUCGUGUCAGCUUAAAACCUCAACCGCAGAUAAAACCCUUUUAUGCAAAGUAAACAAGUUUAAUUCAUUUUUCAAAUGCCUAGUUAUCAUUACUUUAAUGAUCAGUACUUUAAUAAACAAGAAAUAAAACAAAGAUAUUUGAGUUAUAUUUAAUGUGCUCAGUUAUACUAUGGCCUCCAAUGCUAUUUAAAUUUUUAAUUUCAAUCGACUGCUAUUAAUUUACUGUAUAAAUAAAAUGUU